CUCUCCUCCGCGGGGCCGUAUCUCUCCGGGCCAGCCGGUUCACACUCCUCUCUCUCUGUACCUGCUGUGUUUCCUCCUCAUGGCGCUCCCGCGGACUCUUCCCCGGGACCUUCCCGCUCCUGCGCUCAUUCUUUUCGGCUAAGAUGCGGAUCUCCAGCGGUCUGGGUGCAGUGCUCUCGGGGGGCUUCGUGAUUCAACAGCGGCCGGAGGGGAAGGCGAAGCAGCUGGGAUAACUAACUGGGUGCUAUGGUGGGACCUCCCGGACCGGCAAGAGUUGGGCUUUUCCGGAAUAAAGCAGCGGUUUCCACAGAGCCAUGGAUCUAACCCAGAGCUUGGUGGUCUAAACACAAACCGGGUCAGCUUGGUGGACCUGGGCAACCUUUCCUCGACCAACCACAACCAUCAUCUCAUUGAGCCUCACGAGCUCCACAAACUCACACACACGACCACACCCUCGGUUUGACCCUCCCCCGCAGCGAGACGGCAGCACCCGGAGCAAACAUGACAGACAGAGUGACUUUCAGCACACCUAAAGUCAACCCCCGGUCCGCCGCGGGCCCUGUGCUCCCACCUGAGCCCAUCGACAUCAUCCGCAUCAAGGCCCGCUCCCGGCGGGUCAGGCUCAACGUCGGCGGUCUCACACAUGAAGUCCUGUGGAGAACGCUGGACCGGCUGCCCAGAACCCGUCUGGGGCGGCUAAGAGACUGCAACACGCACGAGUCAUUGCUGGAAAUUUGCGAUGACUACAGCCUCACUGAGAACGAGUACUUCUUCGACCGGCACCCGGUGGCCUUCUCCUCCAUCCUCAACUUCUACCGAACCGGGAAGCUACACAUGAUGGAGGAGAUGUGCGCCCUGUCCUUUGGCCAGGAGCUGGACUACUGGGGUAUCGAUGAAAUCUACCUGGAGUCAUGCUGCCAGGCGCGGUACCACCAGAAGAAGGAGCAGAUGAACGAGGAGCUGAGGAGGGAGGCGGAGACGCUGAGGGAGAAUGAGGGGGAGGAGGAGGAGCAUGGCUGCUGCCCUGACAAGAGACAGAAGCUCUGGGACCUGCUGGAGAAACCCAGCUCCUCUGUGGCUGCUAAGGUCCUGGCCAUGAUCUCCAUCCUGUUCAUCGUCAUUUCCACCAUAUCAUUGUCUCUCAACACCCUGCCGGAGCUGCAGGUGGUGGAUGAGUUUGGCCAGUUCAAUGACAACCCCAGCCUCGCCCACGUGGAAGCUGUCUGCAUUGCCUGGUUCACCAUGGAGUACAUGCUGCGCCUUCUCUCAGCACCCGACAAGUGGGAUUUCAUCAAAGCACCACUCAACAUCAUUGAUCUGCUGGCUAUACUGCCUUACUAUGUGACCCUCUGCCUAACUGAGUCCAACAAGAGCGUGAUGCAGUUCCAGAACGUGCGCCGUGUGGUCCAAAUCUUCCGAAUUAUGAGGAUCCUGAGGAUUCUGAAGCUGGCCAGGCACUCAACAGGACUCCAGUCUCUAGGCUUCACUUUACGAAGGAGCUACAAUGAGCUGGGUCUGCUGAUCCUCUUCUUAGCAAUGGGCAUUAUGAUCUUCUCUAGUUUGGUGUUCUUUGCUGAGAAGGAUGAGGAUGCCACUAAAUUCACCAGUAUCCCUGCCUCCUUCUGGUGGGCUACCAUUACUAUGACCACUGUUGGUUAUGGAGACAUCUACCCUCAAACCCUGCUGGGCAAGAUUGUAGGAGGGCUCUGCUGCAUAGCAGGUGUGCUGGUCAUUGCCCUUCCUAUCCCAAUCAUCGUCAACAACUUCUCUGAGUUCUACCGGGAGCAGAAGAGGCAGGAGAAGGCCAUCAAGAGAAGGGAAGCUCUGGAAAGAGCCAAGAGGAGUGGAAGCAUUAUUUCUAUUAACCUGAAGGAUGCUUUUGCACGUAGCAUGGAGCUUACAGAUGUGUUGGUGGAAAAGAGAGAGGACAGCAAGUGUCCUGUGGAUAAUCACCUGUCACCCAGCCGCUGGAGCUACCACAAACACUACUCCAAUGCAGAGGUAAGCAGCCCAGGCAGGUCUCAACACUCUCAUUACCUCGAGGUGGCUCAGCUGGGCUCUCCUGAUCGGGCCAAGUUGUCAGCUAACAAAACUACCCCUCAACACCUCAACGUGAAGAGGCUGGAAGAAGCUUACAACAAGACAGUGACCAUGCAGGAGCAGCAGGAAAAAAUUAUAGAGGAGCAGAUGGAGAUGAAAACACUGAUGUCCACACAACGCCGGCAAACUGCACCUGACGUCAGCAAAUUCUCCAAUGUGGCGGAUGAUUUUCCAGUGGAAGGAGGAGAAAGUUCUCUUCUCGUGAGCGCUGAGGGUCAAACUCCAGCUAAACACCAGCGCAUCCCCCCUCCCUUGGAUCUAAGUCAGAUCAGCGCAAUGGAGGUGAACAAAGGCCCUGACAGUAUCCAGCCAGCAGCCAUCAUCAAAGAGGGUUUGUAUGAGUUUGUGUCCAGCCCCAGAGGAAGGGCUGGAGAUGUGGGUUUGAUGCCACAGAGUGCGGAAAGCGGUGGAGUGACCUAUGACAGCAUCGGCAGCACCUUGAAAGAUUAUAGUAGCCCUCAGAAAACAAGAGCCCUCAAGGUUGACUUUAUUGGAUCCCAAGAUGACGUGCUAAUGGCAGUGAUGACACCUGUGGCAACCCCGGGUUCAGCCAAGCUUGCUCAACUACUUUCUGACGACAUCGUUUCCGGGUUUUCUACACCUCCCACCUCUGCUACACAGGAAGUUAAGUCUCCGCUGGCAAUCGUGCAGUCUCCGUCCCCGGCCCCGCAAUCUGUCAGUCCAGGCAACUCCCAGGGGGGAGGUGAAGGCUCAGCAGCCAGGAGCUUAGAAGGUGAAGGGCAGCUCACAGGCUUAAGCCACCAGGGGAGGAAUCACAUGGAAAGGUCUGCUGUUGGCUCCGGCAGCAGUCCGAGCCCACUUUUGUCUAAAGCCAGCCCGCUUAACUGCACCCAGGAGUUAGUAGCUAUGGAAGGAGAGCAGGAAGGAGGAGGAGGAGGAGAUGGAGGAGGAGGAGGAGAUGGAGCAGAGCAGAGUGGAGAGAAACGAGAAAACCACGUCGUCGUGGAUGGAAGCAUGACACCGCCCUGUGAGACAAGCAUGUAAGCCCAAAAGCAGAAAGAGGUUUACAGACCGGAACGCCAAACCGACGGGUAGAGGAAAAGAUUGAUGGGAUGGAAGACAGCAACUACCCAGAAUACACCAUAACAACUACUUCCUGUCAUGCACCUGUAGACAAAGACAGUGUGGGAACACAUUAAAGCAUUCAGAGUUGUUGCAGCUUUUCUGGAGAGUUGCACUCGUCAUAUCCCACAAGACUUUUGGACUCUCGUCUCUUAUUUUGGCGAGCGCUGCUGUCAGGAAACAGGUGUCCCUGCAGCAUUGUCACGUUGUGGCGUUAUUAAUGGGCAUUGAGGGAAGUCAGAAGCACACGCCCGCGGUCUGGGUUCUAUCUGAACGACGGUCUCAUGUCAGUCAUUGCUGACUUGUUCUUUGAAGAUCAGACUAAUAUGCUGCAGAGGAAAACAGUGACUGAUUGAUGUUUUAGGGCUCAGACAUGAGCAUAAACAAAGCCUUGUGUGAAUGAGAAUAUUUAUGACCAUCCUGGAGAGUUUUUGUAUACAGCUCAACAGGUAUAAUUUACAGUUUCCUAUUGCUUGCUAUUUAGGCCUAUUUCUUGUGAUGGACUAAUUACACCAAGUGAAGACAGAAGGUGGAGGGAAAUAAUAUUUUUUAUAUUUGUCGAAGCAAUUUUUGAAAAUUUCUAUUUUACAAGACUUGAAAAAUCAAUGAUCAAUCAUGCUCAUCAUUCUCUCUGUCCAGGUAUUAUGUUCUUGUAACGGGACCCAGAUCAAACACAAGCACACGAUACAGGAUAAAACGUCCCACUCUUAUAAUUCUGUUGGUCCAAAGGCAUCCGCUGCAUCCUGAACACUGAUGUUUGUCUCAGUGGUUCAACAAUAGAUUCUGUUUUAUGUAUCUUUUUCUUUUUUCUUUUUUUUUUUAAAUUUCUGUCUCUCCUUUUUCUAUAAUCCUCUAAAGGAAAGUAGGGUCUUGAAAGUGAAAAGUGAAAAGAAUAGGGAUGUAAAGGCUGUUGUAUUCACUGCUAGACCACUGUUUGCACACUCCUCUAGAGUGAGACAAAUCCUAAACUAAAUGAGACACCUGAUUCUCAUGAGGAGACAGGUGAAAUGUGCAGAUAUAUAAAAACAUAAAGACAGAAAGUUCACUGAUCAGUCAUGUGUGGGUCAACACACACUGCCUGUGUCCCCGGUCAGGGGCUCCUCCUUCAGGGUCAUGAGGUUUAACCCAGUCCAAAUGUAACUGACUGUAAAUCAGUCAUACCAGCUGAGCAGGAAGUAUUAGAGUUAACGAAGAGCACCCAAACACCCCAUCUGUUUUGGUCUCUGUGAGACUAGUGUCUUAUUAACGGAGGUUUAUUACAACGUGGGUUUUAUUCUGUAGUUUUGACUAUCAUUUCUGUCAAUAAUAAGAUGGCACAAGUUAAUAUUUGAGAUCUGAGAACACAGUGACGGGUCAAGAACAAUCAGACAGGCUGGAAACAAAAUCACGUGGAGCAGAAACUGAAGGUAAACUGUGAGAAUAUUACCCAAACAUCCAUCAUAGAUACUGAUCCACAGUGGGUCAGUAAUCUGUGAUGGAUGUUCGGGUGUUGUCAGCGUGCCUCUAACAAAGUACCUGCCUGCAUCCAACAAUUGGUAAACGGACUGCACUUAUAUAGAGUUUUUCUAGUCUUAUCGACCACUCAGAGCUCUUUACACCACAUUCACCCUUUCACACACACAUUUCUACACAUAGAGUGCUUCUAACACACACUGCCCAAGGAGCCUGGGAUCGAACCACCGCCCCCUUCUGGACGACACACUCUACUUCCUGAGCCACAGCCGAGCCUUAUUAUUGUAACUUUUUCCGAAGUGACAACCCGACAAGCACUUCCACAGUGAUCAGCCAGACCAGGUUUAAACUUCUCCUUUCAUCAGUGUUUUUUGAGUGCCACACUAUGAAUACUACAAGGCAAGGCUCUGAAAGUGUCAAAGUCAUUAUCCCUAUUUAUAUGAUUCAUUUCAUCAAGACUAUAAAGUCACAGAAAAGUUCUUGCAGAGAGACACUUCUGGCUUACAAUCUAGUUUCCUUCAGGCAUACUGUGCCCUUUACUGCAGUUGUGUGCACACAGUUCUCCUCUACAAUAAAGGAUUAUUAGCGACACUUCACUGCUAGUUUAAGCUGCAAAUAAAGUAGCUUUGAUCAGCUGUUCCCAACAUUUUCCACCUCAUGGCUCGCUUGAAAAUCUCAAAAAUGUUCUGACCCCAUCACAAUACAGAGGCCAAAUAUCGCCUUGCCUUGGGGAUCACUUGUC